AUGGCUUCAUCUUUAAGGAAAGAGCGUAAUUACGAAUACAUGGCGAUGAAAUAUUCGCAACUCAACCAGCAGCAAUUCGCUAUAGGGAAGCAGUUGAUCCUUGUGCUGGGUGUGAAGAAUGGGGACAAGGUUGUCGAUAUUGGAUGUGGAACAGGUGAAAUAACAGCAUAUAUUGCAAGCAUCGUGGGCAAAGACGGUCUGGUUGUUGGCGUUGAUCCCGACGGAUGUCGAAUCGAUGUUGCACGGCAGAAACACAGUCCUGAUUAUAAGAACAUUACCUUUGUACAUGGCGAUAGCUCGUGUGAUUUUCCUCAUCGCAACGAGCCAUUUUAUGAUGUCUCUUAUUGCAGCUCGGUCUUUCAUUGGUUGGACGAACAGGAGAAGAUCAUAUUCCUGCAGACUGCGUUCAACUGUCUCAAGCCUGGAGGUAGAAUAGCCAUUAGUAGCUUAGAGGAAAUUCCCGAGCUUUUCCUGCGUGUGCCAGAGUUGCUGCCCGACGUUGAAGUUGAGAGCAAUCGUCCACCGUUUAAAAUUGUGAAGAAGAACGAAACAGAGGCGAUAGUACAACAAGCAGGCUUUGAGGUACAACACAGCGAUUAUGCACAAUGCGAGCACACAUUUCCAAGUGUGGAAUAUUAUUUAACUUGGUUUGGUGCGUCUGGGUACGUGGACGAGAAGAAAUUUCUACCACACAAGAAGCAGGAAUUUUCUCAGAAGUUUGCAGAUGAUGACGGGAAAGUUCAUUUGAAACUGAAAAUGUUUCUAAUCAUUGCAAAAAAACUAGAAACAAUUUAA